UUUUGGAAUCUAUGGAAAGGAAUUUGUUGUUAUAUGUAGAUAAGGUAGGACAGUAGAAACAAUCUUAGAUUAGGAAGGUGAGGAGAUCUUGUUUAUGGUCUGGCCUGGUCUUGUUUGAACUUGGUUAACCAUCUCUGUUCUUGUUUUUUCAUUUGUAUAAAAGAGAGUGAGAUAGAGAUACUGAAUGAGAUGAGCUAAAAGAUCUGUUUUAACAUUUAGGAUUUUGGAAGCUAGAACAAGCGAGUCCUGAAACAAGACAGAAAUGUCAAAGAGAUUAAUUUGACAGAGUACACACAGAGGAGUAUUUGAAAAUGAUGAGAAUGUUUGUGCUACCAGGAGAUGAUGGAAAGCCACCUUGUAAAACCUGAUUCUAGAAAUUGUAAGAGGCCAAGAGAAGUGGAGCCUCAAAUGCCAAAUAGUCCACUGCUGUCCUCUCUUGGAAAAUCAGAUUCAUCAUUCUCUGACUAUUCUGCACUAUUUUAUAAGGAUGUGGCCCUGGAGAAAGAGUUGAAUGAUGUGGGCAAGGAAAUUAAUCUAAUGUUUUUUACAUAUGCAAAGAUCUUAAGUGAGAGAGCAGCAUUAGAUGCAUCCUACAUUAAUGAGAUAGAUGGACUCUUCAAAGAAGCUGAUACUAUUGAAAACUUUCUGAUAGAAAAAAGAGAGCUCCUGAGACAGAGGCUUACAGUGAUUGCAGACACACUGCACAAGUAAAAUGUGUACUUAAAAUAAGUUGGGAAUUUAAACCUGUUACUAUUGUGAUAAAAGAAUGACCUUUAUACUUUGAAAGCUCCCUAGUCAUUAAAGAAAAUGUAUAUCUGAAA